CAUCCGGUUCUGUCAGCUUCGCUCUCUCUCUCGCUCUCUCUCGCCGUAAAUGAAAGCCUCAUCCUCAGGUAUGCCUCCUAACCCGAUGCGCUCCAGCGGCAACAACAACUACUACUACCGGAGGCGGCCGAUUCACACUCUCGGUUUGAUGGAACACACACACACAGCCAAAGGAAAGUCUGCGCUGUAAUAAAAGUACGAACUUCAGGGACUGAGAACAACUGAUUUAAAGAAAAUAAAUAAAAAAAUAGCCUCGGCCAUGGCGACAAUAGGGGAUUUCGACCCACUCAACUCCAUCGUACCUGCUACAAAGAUUGAAAUCACCGCUUCUUGCAGGAACCUGUUAGACAUGGACACCUUCUCCAAGUCAGAUCCAGUGGUGGUGUUGUACGUUCAAGGCCUGGGGACAAAGGAGUGGAGAGAGUUUGGCCGGACAGAAGUGAUCGAUAACACACUGAACCCUGACUUUGUUAGGAAGUUUGUCCUUGAUUUCUUCUUUGAGGAAAAGCAGAACCUUCGCUUUGAUGUGUACAAUGUGGAUACUAGGAGCUCCAAUCUUUCCAAACAUAAGGACUUCCUGGGUCAGAUGUUCUGCACGUUAGGUGAGAUCAUUGGUUCACCUGGCGGCAGGCUGGAAAGGACUCUUUCUGGUAUUCCUGGGAAGAAGUGUGGAACCAUCAUCUUCACCGCUGAGGAGCUGAGUAACUGCAGAGACAUAGCCACUAUGCAGUUUUGUGCAAACAAGCUGGAUAAAAAGGAUUUCUUUGGCAAGUCUGAUCCUUUCCUUGUCUUCUACCGGAGCAACGAGGAUGGCACGUUUACGAUCUGCCACAAGACUGAGGUGAUCAAAAACAACCUAAACCCUGUCUGGCAGUCAUUUACUAUUCCUGUUCGAGCACUUUGUAAUGGAGACUAUGACAGGACAGUCAAGGUGGACGUUUACGACUGGGACAGGGAUGGGAGUCAUGACUUUAUUGGAGAAUUCACCACAAGCUACAGAGAACUAUCCCGAGGCCAAAGCCAGUUCAAUGUCUAUGAGGUGUUGAAUCCUAAAAAGAAAGGCAAAAAGAAGAAAUACAUCAACUCAGGGACGGUGACCCUGCUGUCUUUCAAAGUGGAGUCAGAGUAUACAUUUGUCGACUUCAUCAGAGGAGGGACACAACUCAACUUCACUGUAGCCAUAGACUUCACAGCAUCCAAUGGUAACCCGUCCCAGCCGACAUCGUUGCACUAUAUGAGUCCAUACCAAAUGAAUGCAUAUGCCAUGGCCCUGAAGGCUGUGGGAGAAAUUAUCCAGGACUAUGACAGUGACAAACUCUUCCCUGCGUAUGGCUUUGGAGCUAAACUUCCCCCAGACGGCAAGAUCUCCCACGCCUUUCCACUGAACUUUAACUCCGAGAACCCAAACUGUGUUGGCAUUGAAGGUGUACUAGAGGCUUACUUUCAGAGCCUGCGAACUGUUCAGCUGUAUGGUCCAACCAACUUUGCUCCUGUCAUCAACCAAGUGGCUCGGAGUGCUGCAGAAGUGACUGAUGGCUCACAGUACUUUGUGCUGCUGAUGAUCACAGACGGCGUCAUCUCAGACAUGGCUCAGACUAAAGAGGCAGUUGUCAAUGCAGCCUCUCUGCCAAUGUCUGUCAUCAUAGUAGGAGUGGGCCCUGCUGAGUUUGAUGCUAUGGAGGAGCUGGAUGGAGAUGAGGUCAGAGUUUCCUCCAGGGGACGCUUUGCUGAGAGAGACAUCGUCCAGUUUGUUCCUUUCCGGGACUACAUCGACCGGUCAGGGAACCAGGUCCUGAGCAUGGCCCGACUGGCUAAGGAUGUCCUGGCAGAGAUCCCUGACCAGCUGCUGUCAUUCAUGAAGAGUCGGGGGAUUGAACCCCGCCCCCCCCUGCCCGUCACCUCCGACUCCCCCUCAGUGUCCACCACAACUGCAACCAAUACGUCUACGACCAAGCACUGCAACCCUCACCCCUGAGAGAAGGACAGCAGGCAGAGUGGAGCAAGCUGUUUGGGCAAAGGGAAGUGUGUGUGUGCAUGUGUGUGUGUAGGUGUGUUCUGGGGUUUUCAAGGUUAUCUGACAGAAACCAAAUCAGUAAACUGAACCUAAGAAUUCCUUCUGAAAGCACUGACUACGAGGAUUCCUCUGCAAGACAUGUACAAGAAGCAUAGAGAAUAGAUUUUUAAAUCUUUUUUUAUGUUUCUGAUUUUUUGUCAACAUCUGUCACAAACACUCUCCAGGUAUAACACACGAUUCUGCACAGACACACGGGCUCCAUUCAAAUCUAUUGUUUCCUUUGUGUGUUGUAAUCCACUAUGGACGCUUUAUUGACCUUUCUUGCAAAGGUGGGAAGUCAAAAGAUUCUACUACUGGUCUUGUUCACAGUCUGCCGUAAUAGAAUAAUAAAUGCUGUAGCAGCCAUCUAAACUGAUUUCUAUCAGCUGUGAAGAAAGACAGCUCUGAGGGUGAUAUCCUGUCCUUAUUUGCUUAUUCUCAGGGUGUUUCAGUGGCUAUUAAAUCAUGUCUUGGUUCUUGCAACUGAGGCCCAAGGAACACUGGCUCUUUUCUUAAAAUUAUAUGCUGUCUAUUACUGUAGAAAAUGAAACUUUUGUUUUAGUUUACUUUAGCAAAGGCAUGGAAAUUGCUCUCCUUUUCAAAGACACUGUUAGAAGACAGGGCAAGUUUAAAGUUAAAAUCCCCCAUGGACAUGAAGAGAGUUGCUUGUGAGCACCUCCUGAAAGGAGUAAACAUACAAGGGUAUGAAACCAGCCAUCCCCUGCUCCUCUGCACCUGCAGCCGCUGUACAAUUUGAACAUAUGGAAGGGCAGAUCAUUUCAGCCCUGGUUAAAAAGUCGAACAUAGCCGUGUCUGUGAGCUCUGUCCCCAGUCUUCUUCUAAACUGUAAAUCUCCUGGCUGUGGCUGUCAUUUGGGAUGAAUCAUGCAUGAGGAAGGUGCCUCUGGUACCUAUUUAAAAUGAAAAGGGUUUCCCAUUGCAGAUUUUACAGGCCAGAAAACUUCAAAUGUAGCAAAGAAAAUGUGUGGGAAGAGUGGGAAACACCAAGAAGAAGAAGAAAUCGAAUGUGAGGUUUGGUACUUAGUGCUGCAUUGUUCAGUUUGCAAACUUUAUCUUCAUCAUGCAUGCCGAAUUCUUGUUUUUUUUUCUUCUCAUAUCCUGUAUUUUUAUUUUCCUUGCUUUUGUUGUGUGCAUGAAUGAUUUAAGCAAAAGAGAGCAAGUGCUUGAACAGAAAACCUAAAUCUUUCAUUGGCAGUCCCAAAGAGCCCAACACACUGCAGCUUACAAGUACACAGACAAAACAAAUGCAAGAAUAAAGCAGGAAAAACCAGCUGCUGUGUGGCCAAGAAAUAGGAUAAAAUGCAACAAACAUUAAUCAUUAUUAAAAUAUUAUUAUUCAUCACUUCAGUCCUGGCUUGAUUUUGUUAACCCCAUUGUUUCUGUUUCCGGUGUGUUUAGUUUGCAGUUCAAAGACAGGCUACACGUGAAUGUUGCUAGUAAAAAGGUGCACAGUGCUAGAAUUACAAACAAAUAGUUUGUUAGGACUUCUGUCCUGAAACUCCAGCAUAUUGAAGGAAAGAGGAUCUGCCACUGCAUUAGAAACACUUGAUCAAACUUGGUAUAUCACUAGCUAAGAAGUGGAGAGACGUAAUGAGACAAGAUGAGGUCAAAUUAAAUAAGAUAUAAGAGAAAAGUAUUUGAUUUUGUGCAGUGUGGGUUCUGUCCAGUAGCAUAUUUGUAUUAGGAUGUGUUUUUAAUUAUUACAAUGGAUUUCUGUAUUUAUUGUAUAUGUUGUAAAAUGGCUCCAUUUCAUUGGUGUUUAUUUUGUCCAUUUUCAUCUAUAUUCUAACAUUUUAGCCUUCUGAGUUUUUGCAACGACACUAUUUUUGCUGUUAGGUGGGCUCUUUUUUUGGUACCACUCCAUAAAACAAAUACUGUGAAGUUUCAUCAAUUUUCUUUUGUCUCUGACUUUUUUAUGUAGGGUUAGCAGCAGUUUUAGAAUGUUCAACCUGGCUGUGUCACGAAAACAGAAACAAUAAUAACAACAACGAAUGGAUUAUAUGAUAUUUAUCUGGAUUACUGAGUAUUUGUCACAUUGUAUCAGAAGGGAAAUGGACAUGUGGCCUUAUUUCUGUCAUAAUCCUGCAAGUAAGUGUGAGGGAGGACUCUAUUUUUAUAUGACAACACCAGGAAAUAUGUUAUUUUGCAUGCUUAUAUGGCUGUUAUGCUGCUAAUGAUUGUACUAUCUGUAUUCAUAUCUGAAAAUGAUUUCAGACAACAUUCCUCUGUGUGUUUACUUGUGUACUGUGCAGAAUCAAUCCUUCUAUUUCUGACUGCCAGCCUAAUAAUCCAGCACAUAACAGAUAUAUGAAAAGUAGGGUAGAUUUGUAUCAAACAACGUUUAAAACAUGCAUGUUUGUGUUAUGACUAUAUGUAAACAAACCCAAAGUCACAUAACCUGUUGGAUAUUUUUGUAUGAAGCAUGCUGAGCUUUCUACACAGUGUGUACAGGAUGAGGUUAUUAUAUACUGCUCACCAGUUCCAUUUGUUAUGUAGAAGCUGUGUGUAAACAUGUUAAAGUGUUGUACAGAAUAUUUUGUGAAGUCUUCCUUCUUUCCAUUUUUUCACUCUGUUCCAAAUAUUUCUUUUAUUUUUGUUUCCACUUGUGUUGGUCAAAGUUUUUAAUUUUGUCACUGUUUUCUAGCUUUUGCUUAAAAACCAAAUAAAGAUAUUAUUGAAGGCUGAACUGUAAUCUUGCUCACUGUUUUACAGUAAUUGCUGUGUUAA